AUGUGUAGUAACAUCCACAAGGAGUUUGGAUAUCAUGUCAAACCUCUAUCAUCAGACUCAAUAACAAACUCAGAGCUUGACUUGGUCAAAGAGAAUGGAAAUAAGAAAUCAAGGGAUAUUUAUCUCUCCAAAUGGACAGAGACUGUUCAUCCAACACCUCAACCAUUGGAAGAGAAGAAGAUUCGUGAGUUUAUCAAGCUGAAAUAUGUAGAUAAGAAGUGGGCCAGCUCUGGUCAUUGUCCCAAACCUCAAUGUGACUCGACAUUCACUGAUAUGGAGAACAAGAUAAGAAGGUCCAUCAAUCUUCCCCCACCUCCCAUCAUUAAGCCAGAGAUGUCUUUCAAUGAUAGGAAAUCAGAGACCCGACCAACAAUUGCCACUGAAUUCGGAAUGAACAAGCCAAGUCCAGUUUUGAACCCUCUCCAUCUCUAUGACAAUGGUAAUGGUGCCAAAUAUGCUCCUCUCCCCAACACAACUUCUCCAAGCAAUAAUGGCAGACCAUUCAAUCCAUUCAGAACUGAGAACAUGUACUUCCAGGAGAGCCGGACCAAGGAGACUCCAACCAGUGAAUACAAGGACCAGAACUCUUACCUAAAGGAGAGAGCUACAUUCUACCAGAAGAUGGAGUUGGAGAAGCCUAAGGUCAGAUCACCUCCAAAGAGCAUCCACGAUACCAAGAAGACUCUUCCUUCUUCAUCAAAGCCAUCAAUGUUGCUCCUUGAAUCAGACUACAAUGCCCCAAAGGUCAACCCCUUCUCUGCAAGUGGAUCGACAAGUAGCAACUCUCAGUCCUCCUUGAACUCAUCAUCUGGUCUAUCAUAUUCCUCAUCUUCAUCCUAUCAAUUCCACUCUCACUCCAAACAACAAAUACUAUCACUUCCACCUACUGAGGUUGGACUAUUCAAUGACCUCAUGCCUGGAUCAUCAAUGACCGAUAUCCCAAUCGCACAGAAUGUUCAAUGUCAGCAGAACCUACAUGCAUCUUCAUCAUCAUUCCAACAACAAUCAUCUUUCGCUCAACCGGAUAUGUAUCCUCAACAACAAUACUCUAUGAACAAUGGAUUAAUGUAUCAACCAGAUAUUCUGAACCAAUCAAUGUCAUUCCAGCCACAACAACAACAACAACAACAUAACUACUUGUACAAUCAACAACAACAACUAUUUAACUCUCAGUCAUCGUUCCAACAACCUCAAUAUCAACAACAACAACAACCUCAAUAUCAACAACAACAACCUCUAUAUCAACAGCCCACUCAACAAUCAUACCUUAACCAAUCACAAUCCAACUACCUUCAACAGAGCUCCAGCUCUACAAACAACUCAUUGGUGACCAGUGACUACUUCAACUUUGAUCCAUUGACUAUCAAGGAUGCCGAGCCAGUGUUCCCAGCGCCACCAAUGGCAUUUGAGAGUGGCAACUUGUUGGACUUUGACGAGGAGCAGAACAAUGCUUGGAGGGAUGCCGAGAACAAGAAGAGACAAUUCCUUAAGGAUCAUGAGUUGGCUCUCCAGCUCCAGAAGGAGGAGAUGAAGACUUUGGAGACUCAGUCACCAGUGUCAAUUACUACUCCAACUCGCUCGAGUAGCACAGACCUCAAGAAGUCCUCAUCACACGUGAGAGCAAACUCCAAUCCUCACUUUGGAUCACCACCAACAUCGUCCCAGAGCAACAGAAGCAAGACUAGCGACUAUUCAAACAAGAAUGAUCAUGGAAGAGAUAGAAGCAAGUCCUAUCCAAUGUCUCCACCAGUAUGGAUACCAGAGCCACGCAAGAAGAGGUUCAGCUUCAGAAGGAAGUCCAAGCCAACUGGUCUCAACUACACGUCCAAAGACUUUAAGUCUGAGUUUGAGAGCGACUUUGACUACAAGGGUCACGAGAUUGUUGAAUCUCAUUACAAGGAGCAGAAGGAGAAGAAGAUGGAGGAUGAAGAGGUUGAGCAUGACGAGGAGAGUCCAAAGAGCACCAAGGAGCAGAAGAGUAUGAUACUGUUUGGAAUGACCGAAUGUGCCGAGUGUGGAGAAUCCAUUGGCAUCAAUCAGUACACACAUCACAAGAAUGCUGAGUGUCUCUUCCGUCAGACUCGUUGCAACUACUGUAACAAACUGGUAAAGUUCAUUCAGAUGGGAUGA